CCUGUACACAAUCCCUUCAGAAAGGCUCUGUAGCUCUGCCCUCAAGCACAGUUGGAGCCACUGAGGGGAGAUGCCAUGUCCUGCACCUUCACAGCCCUGCUCUGUCUUGGACUGACUCUGAGCCUCUGGAUCCCAGUGCUGACAGUUGCUCUGUUACUUGCAGGGUCCCUCCCUAAGCCUAUCCUCAGAGUACAGCCAGACUCUGUGGUCUCCAGGAGGACUAAGGUGACCUUCUUGUGUGAGGAGACAAUUGGAGCCAAUGAGUACCGCCUCUAUAAAGAUGGAAAGCUAUAUAAAACCGUAACAAAGAACAAACAGAAGCCAGCAAACAAGGCUGAAUUCUCAUUCUCAAAUGUAGACCUGAGUAAUGCAGGUCAAUAUGAAUGUUCCUACAGCACCCAGUAUAAAUCAUCAGGCUACAGUGACCCCCUGAAGCUGGUGGUGACAGAAGACUACUGGACACCCAGCCUUUCAGCCCAGGCCAGCCCAGUGGUAACUUCAGGAGGGUAUGUCACCCUCCAGUGUGAGUCCUGGCCGAGCUAUGACAGGUUCAUUUUGACUGUAGCAGGACCACAGAAGUUCUCAUGGACACAAGACUCACAGUAUAACUACUCUACACGGAAGAACCACGCCCUGUUCUCUGUGGGCCCUGUGACCCCCAACCAGAGAUGGAUAUUCAGAUGUUACAGUUAUGACAGGAAUAGACCAUAUGUGUUCUCAGCUCCAAGUGAAUCCGUGGAGCUCCUGGUCUCAGGUAAUCUCCAAAAACCAACCAUCAAGGCUGAACCAGGAUCUGUGAUCACCUCCAAAAGAGCAAUGACCAUCUGGUGUCAGGGGAACCUGGAUGCAGAAGUAUAUUUUCUGCAUAAUGAGAAAAGCCAAAAAACACAGAGCACACAGACCCUACAGGAGCCUGGGAACAAGGGCAGGUUCUUCAUCCCUUCUGUGACACAACAACAUGCAGGGCAAUAUCGCUGUUAUUGUUACAGCUCAGCUGGUUGGUCACAGCCCAGUGACACCCUGGAGCUGGUGGUGACAGGAAUCUAUGAAUACUAUGAACCCAGGCUGUCAGUACUGCCCAGCCCUGUGGUGACAGCAGGAGGGAACAUGACACUCCACUGUGCCUCAGACUUUCACUACGAUAAAUUCAUUCUCACCAAGGAAGAUAAGAAAUUCACCAGCUCACUGGACACAGAGCAUAUAUCUUCUAGUAGACAGUACCGAGCCCUGUUUAUUAUAGGACCCACAACCCCAACCCACACAGGGACAUUCAGAUGUUAUGGUUACUACAAGAAUGCCCCACAGCUGUGGUCAGUACCUAGUGCUCUUCAACAAAUACUCAUCUCAGGGCUGUCCAAGAAGCCCUCUCUGCUGACUCACCAAGGCCAUACCCUGGACCCUGGAAUGACCCUCACCCUGCAGUGUUUCUCUGACAUCAACUAUGACAGAUAUGCUCUGCACAAGGUGGGGAGAGCUGACAUCAUGCAGCACUCUAGCCAGCAGACUGACACUGGCUUCUCUGUGGCCAACUUCACACUGGGCUAUGUGAGUAGCUCCACUGGAGGCCAAUACAGAUGCUAUGGUGCACACAACCUCUCCUCUGAGUGGUCAGCCUCCAGUGAGCCCCUGGACAUCCUGAUCACAGGACAGCUCCCUCUCACUCCUUCCCUCUCAGUGCAGCCUAACCACACAGUGCACUCAGGAGAGACCGUGAGCCUGCUGUGUUGGUCAAUGGACUCUGUGGAUACUUUCAUUCUGUCCAAGGAGGGAUCAGCCCAGCAACCCCUGCGACUAAAAUCAAAGUCCCAUGAUCAGCAGUCCCAGGCAGAAUUCUCCAUGAGUGCUGUGACCUCCCAUCUCUCAGGCACCUACAGGUGCUAUGGAGCUCAAGACUCAUCUUUCUACCUCUUGUCAUCUGCCAGUGCCCCUGUGGAGCUCACAGUCUCAGAAACCAUUGAAUCCUCCACCUGGUCUCCCAAAAGGCCCAUCCCACCAAUUCCCACAGAGAACAAGGAUCACACAAUGGAGAAUCUCAUCAGGAUGGGGAUGGCAGUCCUGGUCCUCAUCGUCCUUUCGAUUCUAGCCACUGAGGCUUGGCGAAGCCAUAGACAGACCCACCCUGCAGCUGGGAACUAAUCUAAAGAAAAAAGAAUGCAUCUUCAAUGUUCUACACUCUGGGAAAUAAAGCUGAUGACCCAAAGUUUUCUGUCAAAAGAAAAAAAAAAUCCUGUUGUGGUAUUGAGGAACUGUUGUAAGAAUGUCUAGGAAGCAAAAGUUUGGGGUUCAGAGGGAAGUGGAAGUGUCAUAAUGAGGUGCUUCCUCAAUAAAUGAAUUACUGUCCCUCCACAUACUGGGAGCCUUUGUUUCCUGAACCCACACUCUUCUGAGCCCAUAAAGUGAGGGAAUAGGCUGUCCCACCUGCCUGGAAUAUCUUUCACCUGUGAAUUGUAUUUUUCUGUAUUACUUUAUGGGAUGUAUUCAUUCACAUUUAAAGGCCUCUGUCAUCUUUAUGAAUUGUAUUUAAGGACAGUUCCUUGUAUGUGUGUGAGUGUGCAUAUACAGGAGGGUCGGGUGUAUGUAUUAGCCUACUGCCAUUGUGUGUUCUUUCAGGCAACUUGGUGGGCAGGGGCUUGGGAGACAAAGGCUUAGUUGAUGUUCCUUGUGGCAGCAGACCUCCUGGAAAGCAUGCAGUCCUUGGGGUAGGAAAUGGAGUACUCAGUGUAGGUUAUUGCUCUUUCCUAAGUUUUCAGGGGAGUUGGCAGGACAGGGCUUGGUGAGGAGACGCUUACCUGGUGUCCCUUAGGACGGCAGCCCUCUGAGUAAUCAGGCAGGGUUGUGGCUGCUACUAUUUUUUAAAGAAACAAACCAAUAAAAUGACUCCUGGGUCAAUGUCUUGCUCAGCAUCCUCCUGCAGGAGAUGGGAACUUAUGCAGAUACCCACAACUGAACACUGCAGAGAAAGAUCUGAAAAUACUGAAUCCUGAAUGGGUAAAUACUUGCAAAAGAACAUUUAGUUUUUCUAACAAGUCACACUGGUACACAAAGCACACUGAAGGGCAGGUCUCAUGCCCAGCGGUACGUGGCCAACACUAAAUGAACUCACUGGUAUUUUCGAAGUCUGUGCUUAUAAUGCUUGUCUGUUACUUAUAUAUUAUGAUGACCUGUCAUGUGCUUUUAGACGACUUCAGGGAAUUCAUAAUGUAUAUGUAUAAAAAAAAAUCACAGUACUAGACACCUCACAAAUAUACAGUUCUAUUUACCAAGGAUUCCUGUAUAAUUAGCAAAAAGAUUUUCAUUGUUUUCUUCUUCCAUUUUUCCAUUCUGUGUGACUACUUACAUUAUUGUGCCUAAUGUCAUUUCACUGUGAAUUUCAUUUUUUAAGUUUUUGUGAUUUAAAUGCAUUUAUACAUCAAAUGUAUUAGUAAUGAGUACUUUGAGAAUCAUAUAAUACAUAAAACUUUGUUCAACUUUUAUAUUCAUAUCCUUUCAUAUCCUAAACUAUCAUUAAUAAAUAUUUAAUACUAUCUAUAA